AUGGCGUCCCUCUUUGGACGGAAGAGGGCAAGCCGACCUCGUACCAGCUCGAUCUCCGGGUCAAGUGAGCUGGACCAGAGGUCUGUUCCAUAUAAUCAACUCCCAGCGGGUGGUUUACCCCCAGCAACCAUGUCCCAAGGGACGCGCAGUGGCAUACCUUCUGGCAGUUAUAUAUCUGCCCCCAUGACUAAUCCGACCCUAACAUCUGAAGGCGUUGAUAUGAAUCUGCAUGCACGACCGCGUGACCGUACACCACGAUCUCCAGAGAAAGAGCUCGAUGCUGUAGACACUUCAUCCGUUCGGCCUUCCAGAACUCACCCAUCCUAUGAUUCUCGGAGUGUUAUUGGCAGCGAUUCUGGCUAUUCACUCAACGGAAGCAUGGGACAGAUGCGUCGUCUCCCUCUGUCAAGUACGAAUGGACUGCCAACUCCCCCUCUCCCGGAAUUUGGGAAUUAUAGCAAUACCACCAUCUCGCGGCCAUCCUCUUCAACACGGCCAUCCUCAACUGCUACGGUCAAGAGUGAUGGCGGCCAUCGUGAACGCAUUUCGAAAUACGCGAAUUCGAUACAGUCUGGACUUCAAGCAUUUAGUGCCGAACAUCACUUGCACAUGUCCAAUUCGGAUGAGUUUAAUUUUCCUCGCCCCGAGGAUCCAGCAGAUAUCGAAGCAUACUUCGCGCAUGUCAAAGCGACACGUCAAAUGCCGGACUCUUACAACCCCGAUAUCAAUCAGAAAUGGAUGAUUGUUCGCAAUCAUGAACAGUUGCGAUGGCAAGAGGAAAGGGAACAAUACGUGCAGGCGAAACGGCAGACUGCGCAAGGACAGAAUCCGAUUGGAGUGUAUGCAAAAGACUCUCCUGAAUGGUAUCUGAAAAAGUUCAUGGACAUGACCAUUACUGCGAAGCAGGUCUCUGGUCUCGGCAUCAAUUUGCGGACUCUUCCUAUUUCGUGGAUGCAGAAGUUUGUCGAUUUGCAGGGGGUGUCCGUGCUUGCCACGGCAUUAAAUACAAUCAACCGGAAAGGCAGCAACCGAAAGGAGGCUGACAUACAACUAGAGCACGAGAUACUGAAAUGUUUUCGUACUUUGGUUGGACAGGGGCCUGGUGCAGUCGACCUGAUAGCUCAUAACUUAGCCAUUGAUCACGUUGCUUGCUCCCUAAGCACCAUUCACAUUCCUACACGAAAGCUGGUGCUUGAGAUUCUAACGUACCUAUGCUAUUACCACGAGUCCACCGCACUUGACGACGUUUUAAGCGCACUUGACGCCCUAAGUCAGGCCAAUAAUCAUCCCGGUCGAUAUGAUUAUUGGUUUAAGACGUUGACCGCCACCCUCAGUGGCCGCGGGAAAAUGGGCAGCCUCGUUGGUGCCAGCGACGAAGUCCGCCGUAACGUCGGUGUAGAGAAUAACCUCAACGACUAUGCGGUGACCAAUAUCAUGCUGGUGGUCGGCAUCCUUCAACAAACUGAUGAUUUUGAGAUGCGGAUUCACCACCGUUCCCAAAUGGAGGCUGCCGGCAUAAAUCAUAUCUUGGACAUGUGCAAGGAGUUCUAUUUCAACGGCCUCGACACUCAACUGGAAAAGUACGAAGAAUUACUGGAGGAAGACCAUAAACAAGUUGUGCAAAACUUCAACCAAGAGAUACUAAGAGAUAUGACGGACCCAUAUGAUGUUUACCGAGCGAUUAUGUCCAGCAUAGAGGGAACUGAUGCCUUUAGGUACUUCUUGUCCGCUAUGCAGCACCUGCUCUUGGUGCGGGCAGAUGAUGAGAUCAAGACACAUUAUUACCAGCUUAUCGACUCUUUGGUAACAUCGGUCGUGCUCGACAAGAAGCGCUCGUUCGCUGGCGGUCUCACCAACGCCAUCGGCUUAUCAGUUGAGCAGCUAGUAGCUCAAUUCGGGGACCAGGAACGUGCUCAACAGGCAGAGAAAGAAGCUACCGACCUCCGAGUCCAGUUUGGACGUCUGAAGGCCGAGAAAGAGACUCUAGAAGAGGAGCUUGCUGCAGUGGACGAGGGCCUUGUCGGCAUCCUGAAGGGCAAACUCGUUGCGACUGAAGACAAACUUCGCAUUUCGCGUGAGACGACUGAAGCUCUUCAGGCCCAGGUUGCUGACCUCCAACGGGGCCACAAGGAAGAGGUGUUACAAUUGGAGCUACAGAUCUCAGAGCUAUUCAAAAUGCUCAGAGAAUCCCGCGGUAUCGCUUCAACCCUGCAGUCGAAUGAAGGCAUGGAUAGGAAAGAGCUCAUUUAUACAUUGUCAAAGCAGAUGGAGCGCAAGAAGACCAUCGGUAUCUUGGAAGGUCGCCGCGGCAGAGAUUCCCUCCUCGAUUCUGACAGUGACGAUAAUGACGGUGCUGCUCGGCCUCACGAUGCUACCGAACGGCGUAGAACAGCAGCUACGCGGCGCAAGGUGCAAGUCGGGCUGAGUGGCAUGAACACGGAGAAUCGCAUUUCGCAAUUCGCGGACGCUGACGAAGAGAAUGUCAGAGAGCACAUUGAAGAGAGCUUGGCCGCUGGCGUCGAGUUGAUGGCACGUCUAUUCUCCCCACCAUUGGCCGCUGCGUCCCAUUCUCGCAGUGUUCGUACCCAGAACGGUUCACCUCGGAGAGUGGGAGGUCCUCGCACCAAGGCGCCUAAUGGGCUCUUGAAUGCACUGCAUUCUCAUCGCUCGGCAUCAAGUGGCAGUAUCUCAAUUCGCGACGAGCGCGAUUUUGACAGCGAGUACGGUGUUUCCAGAGAAAGUGCUUUGACCACUAGCGAUGACACGGCUCCUACCUCCCUCAGCUCUCAAAUUCUAGCAAAGAAGUUAUUAAACGUGAGUGGGGGCUCGUCCUUAGAGCCGACUGGUGAACCUACUCCUCAACCUGGACCCGAAAGGAACGCCACAUCAUCUGCAUUGGGUGAUGAGUCCCCCGCACCCCCGCCGCCUCCGCCUCCGCCUCCGCCACCACCGCCACCACCGCCACCACCACCACCACCACCGCCCGCCCCGCCGCCCUCUUCGAGUCAGUCUGGUGCUUCACCAUCAAUCUUAUCUCCGCCCCGCCCCGCCCCCACCCCCGCCUCCGCCGCGCUUGUCUCAUCUAACUCCACCCCAACAUCUCAAAGAUCCUCUACAUCAACAUCCCUCUUUGCUGGUAUAUCGAACGCUCGUAAGGAUGUUCCCAUUACCACGCACACCCGUAUGAAGCAGCUUCAAUGGGAUAAGCUUCCUCAGCAGCAGGUCACGAAAACUCUUUGGAGUGCCACAGAGUCAGCAGAGAGAGAAAAGGAAUGGGCUAAUAAGUUACAACUUGAUGGUGUUUGGAGAGAGAUGGAGGAUGGCUUUAGAGCCAAGCAAUUGGUAGCAACCCUUGUCGCUGCCAGACAACGGGCGGAACUUAAGAGUGUACUGGACCCUAACACAAAGAAGCGAGUCGAAAUCAUCAUGCAACGUGUGAAGAGACUCAGUCCUGAGGAAAUCGCUCUGCGUAUAAUCCAGUGCGACCAAGAGGUCUGCGACGAGCACUUCUUGCGGGAAUUGGUCCAUGUUCUCCCUUCGCCCGAACAAGUCGGCAAGCUCAAUGUCUACCGGAAUGCUGCACCAGAAGAACUCGCCGAGCUCCAUCUCUCGGAUAGACUGAUGGUUCAAUUGAUUAAAAUCGAACGACUUGGUCCCCGGAUUGAGGGCAUGGCCUACCGGGCGAAGUUUGACGAGUCGUAUUGUAUCCUGGAGGAUUCUUCCAAAAAAUUGAUUGAAGGUGGCCGCACUCUCCUUAGCGCCAAUCACUUCAAGGAGCUGAUGAGCCUCAUUCUCCUUAUCGGCAAUUUCAUGAACGGCGCAGGCGUGAAAGGAGGUGCAUUUGGUUUCCGGGUUAGUAGUAUAAACAAGCUCGUGGAUACCAAAUCUGUGAACAAUACGACACUCUUACAUUUCCUGGAACGAACGGUGGCGAAACAUUUCCCAGACAUGGAGGAAUUUUUAGACGAACUAGACCCUCCCGCCGAAGCCCACCGAGUCAACCUCCUGGAAGUGCGGAAAGGCCUCACUGAACUUCGAGAUGGACUGAAGCGCAUAAAGCUUGAACUUACAGAACACUUUUCGGAUGUUGAAGCCUUGCCUCCGGAGGACCGAUAUGCGAAAAAGAUGUUCCGUUUUGCUUCGGAGGCAAGCGACCGCCUUGCUGAUUUGGUCGACAGCGUCACACUGGCGGAUGCCACGUUCAACGAAGUCCUCAAGUACUAUGGUGAAGAUGACCGAAUGAUGGCUUCGACAGAAUUCUAUGGCAUCUUCAAAACUUUCGUGACUUCGUAUAAGAAAUGUAAAUCAGAGAACGUUUCUUGGGCUGAAGAGCGCGCUCAAAUGGAUAAGCGCAAACAGGCCAAAGAGGAGGCUCGCAACGCUCGAGAUGAGACAAGCAAGAACAAGGUCUCUACAGAGACGCCCCGCGAAGACAUGGAUACGCUCCUGGCCAAACUUCGCGCUGGCGAUAAUGUCGGACGCAAGACCCGGAACCGUACCAAAGUCACAACAUCCUCUAAAUCACGAUCCUCCAUCACUGCCGUUCCAGAAACAACAGAAGGCGAGAUCACGAAUAGUGAUGCUGCUGAUAUGGCCAAGAAUAUGCUAGCGGCACUGAAGAAGGAUGGGUCCAACAAUUCUGCGCCAUCUCCUUUGUCUACUUCACUAAGUAUGACUUCAACAUAUACGUCGCGAAGAAAUCGAUUGCGUGCAAGUAUACGUGCUUCCGGGCCCGUACCGCUUGCUACUGCGGCACUCGAGUCAACCCCUGAAGCGGAGCCGACGAUACAAGAGGAUGGGUCGGAUGUGAAUGCAAACACCGAUAUAGAAGCUCAUCAUGAAGAUGACGGCGACGAUGAGACACAAUAUCAAGCCUCUCCUACAGUCCGUGUGACGCAGCUCACAUCGCCUCCACCACCCCCAGACAAGGACGAGCCUGUGUCGUCCUAA